AUGGCGCUUUUAACGCGCUUAAAUCAUCAACACACUCAUCGAAAGAAGACUCGAAAUAAGAGACUUCUUCCGAGUAAAAUAUGCAUCUGUUUGACCUCUGUAUUUAUUCUCGUCGUUUUCUCGUCGUCUGAAUCGUUCACGUCGUUAAAGCGCGAGCGCUUCAAAGUGUUCUCGAUUUCCCGGAACGACGUGAAAGCGCUCGCAGGAUUCGGAAAAGGACGCGCGUUUACGAGACAAAAGGAGGAAGAAACAAACGAAAGAGGACAAAAAAGAACGCUCGACGAUGCGUCCCUCGAAAACCACGAGUACGAGCGAAAAGGAGUGGGCGUUAUAGAAGAACGUUUGAAGUUUACCGACGAUGACGACGACGAAGAGGACAACGACGAAGCAGACAAAGAAGAAAAUACGCGAAGAAGCAAACAAAGACGAGGAAAAGAGAACAUCGAGGAGAACGCUGCCAGUAAUGCUGCUACUUUGAGUACUACGAGUACCGCGAACGAAAACGAAGAGAAUGCCAACAACAAAGAAAAAAUGUCACCACGGAAAAUCGCGUUCCUCUCCAUGCCGAAACAAUUGUCGAAGAAACAUUUAUCCGCGAAAAGUCAAGCGCCGCAGACGCUUUCGGAAGCGCGAGUAAAACUGAACGAAGGAUUGAGACACGUGAAGAACGAACAGAAGAUGAGGAGAGAAAUUACGAGGUCGAUAAAGCAACACACGACGGUGGCGAAGAGAACCGCGAAGUUUGUUGGUCAGAGGAGUAGUAGUGAUAGUAGUAGCGGUGGGAGUAGUAGUAGCGAGAGUAACAGCGAGAGCGAGGAGCGAAGAAACGAGGAAUCAAACGAAAACGACGAAGGAGGCGAAAGGGGAGGUGAACAACAACACGCAACAACAGAUGAUCCGCAAAAGAUGACCGAAAUCGAUCGCUUAGCGUGGGAAAUCAACACCAAAGAGUUCACGAAGAGCAAAUUCCCGUGGGCGGACCCGUUCGUUGUUUUGUGCGAACGAUACUCGCGUUUUUUGCGCAACGGCGUUCGAUACAAAACCGUCCCGUGGGCGAACUUGGUGGAAGAUAUCAACGCGAAAUACGAAGCGGACGGGCAGACGAUCACGUCGAACACGGAGAUGCUCAUGGUGACGUUCGCUAUCGAACGGUUGAAAGAAAUACACGACGAAGAAUCGAGAGUGAGAACAAAGUUGGAAGAGAUUGAGAGAAAGUUAAUCGCCUCGGCGCGAGAGAGUUCGAGUAAAGCGUUGGAGAGACUUAAAGCCGAUAGCGGGAUGGCGGAUGUAGACGACGACGACGACGGUAAAGAGAAUGAAGGAGAUAAAGGUGCGAAAGACCCGGCGUUAUCGACUUCCAGGGGCGGGCGUCCCAACGGACGAAACAACAAGCAGUACUUAGUCGACGAGCGCGAGUUCAACGAAGAGUUUAUUCCCAAAGUUCGCAAAUUGGCCAAAGCGUUGCUCAAAGACGUUCAGUGGGUGCACGACGAAGACAGCGAGGAGUAUAAAAACAUGUACGCGACGUACGAUAACUUUCACAAAAGUCACUCCUCGGGAGAGCGCAUCGACGAAAAAGAUAUUCAAGUACCGAAAGGCGUCUCUCUCGGUGAAUUCGAAAAACGAUUUUUACCGGAAAACGGCCAAGCGUACCCGAGCGGGAAGAAGAAACCGUCGUGCGCGUUGGUUGGCAACUCGCGCGCGUUGUUAGCCAACGACCGUCUCGGCGAACAAAUCGACGACCACGACGUCGUCAUGCGCUUAAAUCAAGCGCCGUCGAAACGGUUCGAGAAAUACGUGGGGCAUAAAACCACGCAUCGUUUGUUAAACGCCAAAUGGACGCAAGCGUAUAAAUCGAAUCCGUAUUUACAGACGGAGCCGAACGUGACGUUUGUGAUUACGAGGACGGAUUGGUUGACGUAUUUAAGAGCGGCAAAGGUGAUGGCGAAUUUGAAACCAAACUAUUUUCCGAAAAAUGCCGCCUCUUCUGCGUCGUUCUCGUCGUCGGAAGAGGAGGACAACGGGGCGAGUAGUAAUAACAACAACAACGCAAUUGGUGGAGACACCACCGCGAUGGACGAGUUCGGUGACAUCGUACCCGUAGAGAAUUCGAAAAUGCCUUCCGACGAACAAGACGUCGACAUCGCCGAACGCGUCAAACAAGGCAUGCCGACCUUACGCUUACUCUCUCGUUCCGCCGUCGACGGCGCCGGCGAUGUUUUGAGAGCGUUGAAACAAAACUUGGAAAUCGUUCGCGGCAAAGCGUAUAAAGGGAAAGCGUCGCCGUCGAGCGGUUUCCUCGGGUUUCACUUGUUGCGUCAAUUUUGCGACACCUUGGACGUGUACGGCGUCGGAGAUGACAUCGCGUUUACCGGCGCGGCGUGGCAUUACUUUGAAACGCAACACUUCCAAUCUUCUAGAGAAUUCGGCGCCGUGCCGCACCAUUCGUUUACGUUAGAAUCGGACGUGAUGCAACUGUUAGACGCGACGGAACAAAUUCGACAUCAAAGAGUGCACGUGGAUAAAGAGACGAUGCAAAGGUUGGAGUUUAUGAAAGGCGCGCCGAUACGAGAAAUCAGAGCGCCGCAGAAUCUAGGACGGAUUGCAAACGCGCAAGCGAAGAGAGAGCAGAAUAAAAAGGCGGCUGCCUCAUCGGAAAGACCCUCUUCUUCUUUCGGUGGCAGUGGCGGCUUGUCUCACGCGGAAUCGUCCAUGAUGAAACGAGGCUACGGGAGCGCAAAGAAAAGAAGCGGCGGAAGUAAAGCGGCGGCGAGUAAAAAAGAGUCGUCGUUUACGUCGUCGAAAUUGGAUUCGGAUUCGGAAUCGGCGGAUCCGCUUUCUGGUUUAGUUUAG